CUCUUCUCCCUUCCCAACUGCCAUAAACGAACUCUCAAACCAUGUCAGCAAUCACUUUCAUCAUUCAAUUUCAAAUCUCAGUUUCCGAGAUGGUUUCGUUAUCAUUGGGCCACUGAUUCCAGACCGAAUCACAAAUAAAAAUCAUUUCUUUUUAGUUCUUUUUGACAUAAUCGAUGAAUCCAUUUCUCCACCCAGAAGAUGAUGAUCAGCUACCACCACCACAACAACCACUACCAAAACCAAUUGAAGGGUUGCACGAAAUCGGACCGCCUCCGUUUCUAAUCAAGACAUUCGAGAUUGUGGAGGAUCCAAAUACAGACCACAUUGUAUCUUGGAACAGAGGAGGCACUAGUUUUGUCGUCUGGGAUUUGCAUUCUUUCUCCACUUUUCUUCUCCCACGUCACUUCAAACACAGCAAUUUCUCAAGUUUCAUCAGACAACUCAACACUUAUGGUUUUAGAAAGAUAGAAGCAGAGAGAUGGGAGUUUGCAAACGAAGGGUUCCUGUUGGGUCAAAAAGAGUUACUGAAGAGCAUCAAGAGAAGAGCUUCCUUCGCUUCCUCUUCUACAUCGAUUCAAGAUCCUUGCGUCGAGCUUCGUAAGGAGAAGCAACUACUGUUGAUGGAGCUGGUGACCUUGAGACAGCAGCAACAAACCACGCAAAGCUACAUCAAAGCCAUGGAACAGAGGAUUGAAGGAGCAGAGAAGAAACAGAGACAGAUGAUGUCUUUCUUGGCAAGAGCGAUGCAGAGCCCUUCUUUUCUUAAUAAGCUAUUUAUGCAGAGAGAUAUGAAACUUAAGGAGGUUGAGGAUAAGGCAGCAGAGAGGACAAGAGGUUCUUCCAUGUCGGAACUGGAAGCUCUGGCUCUGGAGAUGCAAGGCUAUGGAAAACAGAGGAGUCUGAAUGAAGAAGAUGAUAUGGUGGUUGAGAGAGAGUUGGACGAUGGUUUCUGGGAAGAGUUGCUUAGUAACGAGAGUUUGGCUUCUACCUCCUCUAACUAAGUUGGAUCCUUUUGGCUUUUAGUUGUGUGUUUAAAGCUCUUUUUAUUUUAAAUUUUGCAAACUCUUUUCUUGUUGUUUUCCUCUCUUGUUUAUUUCCAAGCUUUUCUUAUCAAAAAGUAGUAGUGUGAACUACAAAAAAACGUUGUAAUUCUUUUCUGAAUGUAGAUAAAUAUAUGAAAAUAUGUUUGUCAUAAAAUCCACAGCCCAUGACAAGGC